GUGAAGCAGCAAUGGUUCCACACAUCACCCGCCACCUAUGUUGACUUGAAACGUGAUUUUGGAGCAAAGUGUUUCCAGCCAUGCACCGUUUAAUCUACCUUGCUGUACUUUUUGGAAAUUGUGUAACUACCUCCAACACAAAAUUGUUGCACUCUUCUCACAGUGCCUAUGAGGAAUAUGUCACGUACAUAUGGCACAACAGGCUCUACUUAUACAUGGCUGGUGCGCUCGCCUUUGCAUUCUGGGUCUUGCUCAAGAUGUCGCUCAAGAAGAAAAGCUUCCUAAAGGAUGUCAGUUCCAGAAUCCUGGAAGUCGAGAAGGAAGAUGAGCACUGUGAUAAACAUGCUGAAGUUCAUGUGUCAGGAGUAAAAAUCUUCUUUGGUUCGCAGACUGGAACGGCUAAAGGUUUUGCGAAGGAGCUGUCGGCAGAUGUGAGGAGUUUGGGCAUUAUGACUGAGGUGAUCGACAUGAAGGAGUAUGAUCCAGACGAUAGGCUGGCUGAUGAGUGCAAUAGCAAGUGCGUGUGCGUGUUCCUGGUGGCCACGUACACAGACGGAAGGCCUACCGACAAUGCCGAGUGGUUCUGCAAGUGGCUGGAGGAGGCGUCCACCGACUUCCGCUACGGGAAAACAUACCUGAAAGGCCUCCGUUACGCAGUGUUUGGCUUGGGCAACUCCGUCUAUGCCACCCAUUACAACACGGUGGGCCGAAACGUGGACAAGUGGAUGUGGAUGCUAAGUGCUUCUCGUGUCCUGACUCGCGGGGAAGGCGACUGUAAUGUCACGAAGAGCGCCAAUGGCAGCAUUCAGGCUGACUUUCUGGCUUGGAAGCUCAAGUUCCUCAACCGUCUACAGCUUCUCUGCCAGGACGACGACAACUGCUUCGGGAAAAACAAGAGCAGCCCUUCCUGCAUCAAAACAGAUGGACAGGAAGUGGACGAGGAGGAAAACACCACUUUGGUCGAUAACUACUCUGAGGUGGAGCAGUUGGAGUCCAGCAGUGACGAAAACGACUCGUCCCCUUCCCCCUCCGUGCUGGAUGUGGAGGAUCUGGGCAGCCUGAUGAGCAGCGUCAAAGAGAGUUCCUCAAAUGGUGGACAGGUGGCCAAGCGCUCCAGGAAAGUGACGAGGAAGCGCCAAGAGGAAAAAGAGGAAGAGCGACGGGAGAUGAUCACACCCGCCCUGAGAGACGCUCUGAGCAAACAAGGUUACAAGCUGAUUGGAAGUCACUCAGGAGUGAAGCUCUGCCGUUGGACCAAGUCCAUGCUGCGAGGCCGAGGCGGCUGCUACAAACACACCUUUUAUGGCAUCCAGUCCCACCGUUGCAUGGAGACCACACCCAGCUUGGCCUGCGCCAACAAGUGCGUCUUCUGCUGGAGACAUCACACCAACCCAGUGGGCACCGAGUGGCGUUGGAAGAUGGACCCCGCUGAGAAGAUCCUGCAGGAUGCACUGGAGAAGCAUCAAAACAUGAUCCGACAGUUUCGAGGCGUGCCCGGCGUGAAGUCGGAUCGUUACGAGGAGGGUCUGACUGUGCAGCACUGCGCUCUGUCCCUGGUGGGAGAGCCAAUCAUGUACCCCGAGAUCAAUCGUUUUGUGCGUCUCCUCCACUCCCAACGCAUUUCCAGCUUCCUGGUCACCAACGCUCAGUUCCCCGAGGAAAUCAGGAGCCUGGAGCCCGUCACGCAACUGUAUGUGAGCGUAGAUGCAAGCACCAAGGAGAGCCUGAAGAAGAUCGACAGGCCACUCUUUAAGGACUUCUGGACGCGAUUCCUGGACAGCCUCAAGGCCUUGGCAGAGAAGAAGCAGAGGACUGUCUACCGCCUGACGCUGGUGAAGGCAUGGAACGUUGAGGAGAUGACUGCCUACUCUGAGCUCAUUGCUUUAGGCCAGCCUGACUUUGUUGAGGUCAAGGGUGUGACAUACUGCGGUGAGAGUUCAGCCAGCAGUCUGACUAUGGCCAACGUCCCGUGGCACCAGGAAGUGGUUGCCUUUGUGCAGCAGCUGGUCGACAUGCUGCCAGACUACGAAAUCGCCUGCGAACAUGAACACUCUAACUGCCUGCUCAUUGCGCACAACAAGUUCAAGGUGGAUGGUGAUUGGCAUACAUGGAUCGACUAUGAGCGAUUCCAAGACCUAGCUCGAGCCCACCAGGAGAGCGGGGGCCUCAGCGUCUUCUCUUCGUUGGACUACAUGGCGCCGACCCCUAAAUGGGCACUUUUCGGAGCUUUCGAGCAGGGUUUUGACCCGGCAGAUACCCGCUUCCAGAGACGCAACAAAGGCAAAGACAUCUCCGGUUGCUGAUUGUAUGAGGCUCUCAUUUUCUCAUUAAUGUGCUUCUUUCUUCUUUGGGUGGGGUGGAGGGAGUUUUUCUAAUGAACUGACAGAAUUUAAUCUUGUGAGCGCCUGAUGGUGGUUGAUUAAAUUAAAUUGAUCCUCUCAGCAGCUUCAUUAGAAGCCUUGUUAUUGAGCACCCUUGCCACACUCAAGUUAGAUCUGGCCCACUACAUCUUGCUAUUGUCCCAAAAUGAAAUCUUUUCAUUCAUUUUUUUUAACGCAAAUUUCUCCCAUCCUGGUGGUAAAAUAUUAACCACCUUUACAGAUUGACGGUACAUUCGCAGUUCGACAUUUACAAAAUCCGGGGAAACUAUCCUGGAUUAUUUGGUGAAAAGGAAUUAUGUUGAAGAUGGUGUCUCAUUGGCCAACAUGACUGCAAACCCAAAAUAAAUGUAAGGUCAUUUCAAUUUUUUAUCAUAAAAAUACAAAAGGGAAGUUUUUUUUCCAACACAAAUUAGUGUUUUUAUUUGUAGCAUACUUGUCACGUGUCAGCAAGCACCCCCACCCCAAUUUUUUUGGGGGGUUUUUCAGUUUUUUUUUUUUCUGAGAAACGAUGUGCUGUUUUUCACUACUCGUGUAUUUUCCUUUCAAAUACAAAUUGAAUGCACAAGUUGUUUUUGUCUGAUUUUUACAUGGGAAGAUGUGUUAUAUAUACUGUAAUUUCCCGAAUAUAAGGCGCACCCGUGCAUAAUGCGCACCCCAAAUUUACUUGUAAAAUUUGGGGAAAAUUAUUGUACCCGUUUAUAAUGCGCACCCUAAUUUUAGCACCAAUAAAUAGAAGAAUACAAGAAAACAGAGCUCGUGUACAGAUACAGAGAUGUCAUUUUACUGACUGGUGAAACACGGCACAAGCAUAGCACAUUGGUAGUUCAAAACAUUACCGUAAACUGACAAUAUUUACGGUAAUAAUAUGAUUUGACAACUUCUCCAACUUACCAGAAUCUAGGAGAAAACAAAACGGAUGUGACUUUUCUUUUAAAGGCUGCUGUAUAACUUGCUCGUUUCCUCAUGAUGAAUAAAUGUUUCUUCCAUGGAUUGAUACGGUAAAACUACUGAACUAUUGUUAUUUGGGUUUGAGUUUCCCGAGGGACCGAUAUAGUUGACGGACACAGGAAGUGUGUGUCCUUACAUUUGUUAUGUUCCGAAUUGUGGAGCUGCAAUCAACGUCGACUCAAAUGAGUUCAAGAAACUAAAUUCUGUGCUUUAUGAAGAGUGAAAAAAGCAGAAUUUAACACAGACGAAAUCAUUCGGCCGAUUAGUGUGAAGUGUUACCGAAACAAAAUGGUGACGUCACGUACCGUAAUGGUCGGCAACGGGUCGCCGCAUACGUUUCUUCAACACAACGUGGCCGUGUCAAUGAAAAAAAAUCGGUUUAUAUAUAUAUAUGUAAUACAUAUAUAUUUCUGUCUCCAUCCAUGUACCCGUUUAUAAUGCGCACCAUGAGUUUACAAGUUGAUUUUGGGGAAAAAAAGCGCGUUAUAUUCGGGAAAUUACGGUAACACAUAUAUUCAGCUGCUCAUGCAAAGUGUACAUGUUACCCUGCUCUGUUUUUUUCUGUCUUUGAUUAACAGCAAGCUAUGACAUGCCGUAGGACUGACCUCGUUUUAUUCAUCAUCAUCCUCAGAAAUUAUUUGUUUCAAUGCAGCAGUAUUACAAAAUAUUCCAAUUAUGUGGGUGUAUAACAUUUGCACACUUCUUGAUUAAUUGCAUUUUAAUCACAUAGCGAUUAGGAGUGCGACAAAAUAUCGUGAUACUUUGUAUCUCAAAGGUUAUCGAUAUACUCAUGCCAUGAAUCAGUAUUCACUGCUGGCCAAAAGUAUUGGCACCCCUGCAAUUCUGUCAGAUAAUGCUCAAUUUCUCUCAGAUAAUGAUUGCAAUUACAAAUCCUUUGGUAGUAAUAUCUUCAUUUAUUUUGCUUGCAAUGAAAAACACACAAAAGGGAAUGGGGGAAAAAAUUCAAUCAUUAUCAUUUUACACAAAACUCCAAAAAUGGGCCAGACAAAAGUAUUGGCACCCUCAUCCUAAUACUUGGUAGCACAACCUUUAGACGAAAUAACUGCGAACAACCGCUUUCGGUAUCCAUCAGUGAGAUUCUUACAAUGCUCUGCUGGAAUUUUUGACCAUUCUUUUUUGGCCAACUGCUCCAGGUCUCUGAGAUUUGAAGGGUGCCUUCUCCAAACUGCCAUUUUCAGAUCUCUCCAUUGGCGGUCUAUGGGAUUCAUGUCUGGACUCGUUGCUGGCCACUUUAGAAGUCUCCAGUUCUUUCUCUCAAACCAUUUUGAAGAGUGUAAAGGGUCAUUGUCCUGCUUGAAGACCCAUGACCUCUGAGGUAGACCCAGCUUUCUCACACUAGGCCCUACAUUAUGCAAUAAAAUUUGUUGUUAGUCUUCAGACUUCAUAAUGCCAUGCACACGGUCAAGCAGUCCAGUGCCAGAGGUGGCAAAGCAAUCCCAAAACAUCAGGGAACCUCCGCGAUGUUUGACUGUGGGGACCAUGUGCUUUUCGUUGAAGGCCUCUGUCAAGUUCAAAUACGAAUCCUUUGGUAGACAUUUAUAAUAUUACCCCAAAUAAGAAGAGAAGACACUCAAUUUAGUUGAAAAGCUUGCAAGGAGAUGGAGGGGAAACUACGGCUUCCGUCAUUGUUCUAAAAAAAAAAAAUCCUUCUUUACGUAUCUUUUUAUUUGGGAUGGCCCUAGCAACAAGAGAGGUGUCAACCUUAACUG